AAGGCUAGCAAACAUCGAUGCAUGCUGCCCUCGUACUCGCAGUGAUAUGUCUGAGAACAGAAUGUGAAAGUUCGAUCGGUUUUUCAGAUGGUCAAAUAAAUCCUUAGAAGUACCCAGGGACCACUUUUUUGCUGGGGCCGAGGCAGAGUGGUUGAGCUUGUAUCCAGAAAGAAGGCAACCAAGGUUCGUUUCGAUCAGCAACCUGAGAGUUCAAGACUGUAACCUUCUUCAAACCCAAACAUGUCUGGAAUGACUAAAUCAAUGGAGUCAAUGAGAUCCUGGAUCUUGGGCAUGGCGACCGGGGCGUUGGACUACCUGAAAUUGAAGGAACGUGGUCAGGCCGUCGUGGACUUCGCUAAGGAGAAGCCCAUCCAAGCUAUUCUGAUUGGUGUUGUAGCAGCAACAAGCUUUCUACCGGCUGUGGUCUUUGUGUCAUUCGUGACCACCUUCCUGGUUGUUGGGCUUGUUGUCUUGCUGGCUAUUGAAGGCGUUGCCAUCUUGUCAGCCCUUGGGGUCCUUAUCUUUGCCCUCAUCAGUAGUAUGGUUGCCUCUGCCUUCAUUGGGAUGUUCCUCGUCUCCGGUCUGGUCGUCGGCCGUUUCACAUGGCGUGUAUCUGCCCCGCUCCGUGCCAAACUAAUCGCUCGUAUCGUGGCCCUGCUGUACAAGGGCGAACCUGCCCCUGUGGAGAGCACCACCCUAAUCCCCGAGGAGAAGACCAUCGAGGACGAGUACAUCAUUCAGGACUAGGAUACGUGGUCCCCUAGAAAACGUCUCCAAACCAACAAAAAAGUGCGUUACUUUGGCACGGACGAUGAGCAGCAGGCGUUUGUAGCGUCCGUAAUACUAGUUCUCAUCGUCCUCUUUGCAUCCAUGUUUCUGUUCUUAGUUGUCAAUCCCGCAUUGAUAUUCCUAUCCUGGAUUGUCAAUGUGUGAUCCGUCGAAGGGAUUGACAUCCAUGCAAAAGUGCUGGCUUAAUGUUGCCAAUUAAAAUCUGAUAAACAAGCAAUUCCAAAUUCAUGAUGGCUGUGUGUCUCAUCACAUGACCACAGAUUACGCUUACAUUCUUGAGGGUUCAUAAAACUUGGUUAGUAUUGUUUACCAUGGCAACCAGCCAUUUUGGUUUUCUAUAUAAAGAGUGUUACAAUUCUCUAUGUUUGUUGGUUGAUUCACAAAACAAACAAGACUGUUGUGUGUCUGUAAUCAGGAUUUUGAAAUGAAAGAGUGUUGGCGCUUGUGGCGAGAAUGUGUUGGUUCGGAAAAGUUUCUAGGGUUAAAUUUAAGCCAAGGUUCAACCAGUAGAGGUGUUGCGUUUAUGAACCUGGUAACAAAGGGAACAUUUGUUUUUUUGUUCCUUUAUUAGAACCUUGGCUUUGUUCAAAGCCCCCUUCUCUAAAAAAUAUUUUUUAUAUAUAACGCAUUCAUGUAAACAAAUCAGCCAAAAAACCAUGCAAUGUGUUUGGUUUGUGACUGCAUUCCCAGCUAAUUUUUGCUUAGCAUAAAGGUUCUUCUAAGUACUAAUUCAUAACAGCUAUGAGAUGAGGCUAAGGACCGGGUCACAAAGUUCUGAUAUAACAUCUGAAUGCUCAAUAAGACUAUUUUUUAGUGAAAGGUGUUUUGAGAAUAUUAAUAAUUUGAUGUGUCAUUGCUGAGAGAUACUGUGCUUGAACUCAGUUCUGGUGACAGGAAUAUUGUUCAUAACUCAAGCGCACUAACAUUGGUUGGCAAAAUGAGGGAACACUGCACUGUUUUGUACACGACUAAUGGGAGACUUUCUGGGACGAUAGAGGGCA